UGUCGUUCUCUUCCUGUUGAAGCAUGUAAAACUGAAGCCGAAGUUUCAGUUAGAGGAAGUUCUAACCAGAAUGUGAACUCCUUCUCUUGUUUUUUCACAUUCUGGAGCUGAAACAGCCGACUGAGUGAGCUGUCCUGUAAAAACUGGGCACAAAAUGCAUGAGAGCAAUCGACUAGAGAAAGACUUUGUACCAGUUGAUUUGCGGGAAACCUCAAAUUACCUGCAUCCAAGGAAAUAUUCUAGUAACAUUACCCUGAAUGGAGGCUUAAUUUUUCUAGCAGCCAUAUGUCUGGCACUUAUAGUGGUUGGAGUGAUUGUGAGUUUGUUAGUAACUGGAAAAAAACUGCAUAAGAUAUCAUCAGAGUGUCUUGAAGCUGCAUGCCCAGAAAGCUGGAUUGGUUUCCAAAGAAAAUGUUUCUAUUUUUCUGAGGACAUCAAGAAUUGGACGUUCAGCCAGAGGUUUUGUGACUCACAUGGUGCUGAUCUUGUUCAGGUUGAAACCACCCAGGAACUGAAUUUCCUAUUGCGGUACAAAGGACCUUAUGACCACUGGAUUGGGCUCAGCAGAGAACAAGGCCAACCAUGGAAAUGGAUAAAUGGCACUGAAUGGACCAGCUGGAUGUUUGGACAGAUGCAAAACACAGAGAGAUCAAUGAUGAGGAAGCCAAGAAAGCAUCCUUGUCAUUGCCAACACAAGUGGGCAUGCAAAGAUUACCCUCAGUGUCCCAAGUGGCAUUGCGCUGCUCUGAGAUUGAGCAGUAUUGUGCUGGUCAUACUCAUUGCCACAGUGAUAGGACUAACAAUUUGGGCAAACCCGAGGCUAAAUGUAUGCCCUAAUAACUGGCUGCAGAAAAAGGGGAAAUGCUAUAAUUUUUUAAAAACCUUUAAAUCAUGGACCGAUAGCCAAAAAUCCUGUUUAAAAAUGAAAUCACAUCUCUUGAUUAUCCAAGACAAGGCUGAACUGGAUUUCAUACAGAGUAAUAUACAAGACAGAAUUUACUUUUGGAUUGGCUUGAACAUCACACACCCCCAAAAGACAUGGAUCUGGCUGGAUGGCACCCCCUUAGAUCUGCAGUUAUUUCAAGUCCUGGGCCAGGCUGAAGAUAAUGCCUGCGCUGUGAUAACAAAGAAGGGCGUGUUUUCUGAAAAAUGUUGCAAUCAGAGUUACCGGAUUUGUCAACACGUGAUUUCUGCAGGCAAUGACCUCUAAACUGACCCCAGGUUGUCCUUCCCAUAAAAACCAUUCACAAGGACAUUUUAAAUUUAUGUAUUUUUGUCAAAACACAUUAUUUCUUCAACACAUAUUAAACAACAAAUAUAUAAUGAUGAUAAAGGUGUAGAUUUGUGUCACCCUCAAUCCGGGCAAUCAGCCUCAACUCAUCCCGAGCUCUGGUCACUGGUGCUGUAUUUCCACAGCUUCCUCCUAUUUAUGAUGGUGGCUAUUUUAGGCAGAAACUGUCCCUUUGUCUACUCAAUAAUUCUCUCCUCGAGGCACCUGGGUGGCUCAGUCUGUUAAGCUUGGACUCUUGAUUUUGGCUCAGGUCAUGAUCUCAGGGUCAUGGGAUCAAGCCCCGUGCGGGUGGCGGGGGAGUCUGCUUGGAUUCUUUCUUUUCCCUCUCCCUCUGCCCCUCCUCCCUCCCUCCCUAAAUAAAUAAAUAAAUAAACAAAUCUUUUAAAAAUCGCCUUCAUUUCUCAUUCACCAUUAGCAAAGGAGCUUUUCUCCCCUCCCCCAUACUGAGUCUACAAAAUUGUCUGCAUCUUACUUAUUUCUUUUUCCUCUUUUUCCAUUUCCAAAAAAAGAGUAUCCCUCUGUCUGUCUAAAUCAAAUUUCUAAGUCUACAUUUAGGAUUGCAUCUCUUUUCAUUUUUUCAAGGAGUUUCCCUCUUCCAUCAUCUCCGCUCUGACCUGUCUUUUCUUCCACCUCCUUUUCUUUCAGCAAUGAAACAUGCAAGAGCACAAACAAAUUUUCCCUGAACCACAUGUGGCUUCCAGUUUCUGCCCAGUUUCUCCCACUUCUAAGUCAAACUUCCUAGAAAUUGAUUCUACUUGCUUUUUCCUCUUUCCACCUCCCACUCCAUGUUCUUCUAAAAUCUGGUUUCUGCUUUUCCUAUUUCACUAAAGUGUUCUCACUACGUCACAAAUGCUUUUCUUCUGGCAAAACACAAGAUGUUUUAGCUUUCAUUUUAACUCUCAGCGGUGUUGCUUGUCAUUGACCUGUCCUUUCUUCUAGAAAUACUCUAACCUCAGCAUCUAUGACACAAUGUUCUCUUGAAUCUGUAUCUAUGUCUCCUGCCAUUGCUCCUCAGUUUUUUCUGAAGCAUCUCUUCUCUCUUCUGAUCUCUUCAAUACUGACAUUCCUCAGAGUUUUGGGUGAAUUCUCAAUCAUACGCAAUUCUUGGCUAAACUCACCCACACUGUAAGUUCUAUUGUCAUGAAUUUAUUGAUAACUCCCAAACCCAUAUUUCUUAAUCUUU